UGAAGUACUUUUUAAAACUUUUUCUCUAGCAUAGAAAAGGGGUUCGUAGAGAUGAGAGAGAAGGAGAGUUGAUUCGACAAUAAAGGGAGGAUGACGGUGGUUUCCUAGCUACAUUAUAAGAUGAUCUUUUAAUGUCCAAUUGGUCGGCUCUUUUGGUGCAUCCCGAGCGUUUCUUUCCCCAUUUUUGGGUUAUUUUCGGAUGAUUUUUCGUUCUUCGCGUUUGGCCGCGAUUUAGGACAUGUUCUUCGUAGAAGCGUUUGGUCUUUCGCUCGAUUCGCAGUGGAUACUCAAUCUUUUCAGGAUUUUUUUCAUGGAUCUGUGAGCUCUCGGGAACCAUCCAGCAGGCUCGCGCACGCGGGCAGGGGGCAGCGGCGGCGCGCGCGUGCACGUGGGCGAAGGCGGGCAGGCGGCCCAGCCAGCGCACGCAGGCCGGCGGCGGGAGGCAGCAGAAGGCCACGGCGGCGAGCAGCCGAGCGCGGCGCGCAGGCGCACGAGCGCUGCACGCGCGGCUGGCAGGCCGGCGCGCGCAGCAGGCGGCCCAGCAGCGCGUAGGUGCGCGCGGCUCAGCCCAGGUAGCCGGCUAGGCUCAGCAGGCCGCUCGGCUGGGCCCAGGAGCGAGGCUGGUUCAUGCAUAGUGUUGCGUGGGUCCAGGAUGGACUGGAAUUCAGAAUCCGUCAAACGAGGAUUGUAUUAGUUUAGAAAAUCAGAUCGCUUUUCACCGAAAUUAACGAUCUUGGCAAGAGUUCGUUAUGCACGGAUGCACCAAAUCCUAGAUUUCAGGAGAUUGAGAGCAGAUCGUGGAUAGGCUUCGUCCAAACCCUCGGCAGGGCUACUAGCGUCUAGCGGCGGCGCGCGGCAUGGCCCGAGGCGACGGCGAAGAGGGCGGCCACUGCAAAAGAGGCCGAGGAGCCGGCGAUUGCAAGGACAACGAUGAUGGAGAGAACGGCCCCGACAAAAGAUGCCGGGUCGCCGCCGGCUCUACGUGCGAUGAUGGCGAGGCCGGCGACGACGGCACGGGAGAUUACAACAUAAGCGGCGACGAGACCGACGGCGACGGCGACGGCAACGACGAGGAUUUGAUCUACUACUACAGCGACGACGACGAGGAAGCGGAGGUCGGCGCCUCGACGAUCCGAUGCGACGAUAAGAGGUACGUCGUUCUGAGCGAGGAUGAUGUCCACGAUCGGCAGGCCAAGGACACGGCGGAGGUCGCCGAGGUCCUGUCCGUCCCGCCGGGCUUCGCUGCCGUCCUGCUGCGGCACUACAAGUGGGGGAAAAUGCGGCUCAAGGAGGAGUGGUUCUCGGACGACCGGCGAAUCCGCGACGCAGUCGGCCUGCCGGCGGACGGCAUCCCCGUGCCCAUGGCGCGCAGCCGUCGGGAGCUCGUCUGCGGCAUAUGCUUCGGCAGAUUCAGCCCCGGCGAGAUGAGAUCGGCGGGGUGCUCCCACUACUACUGCGAUGAGUGCUGGCGCGGGUACAUCCACGCCGCCGUGGACGAGGGCCCGCGGUGCCUGUCGCUGCGGUGCCCGAACCCGGCCUGCGCGGCGGCCGUCGUCCGGGAGCUUGUCGACGCGGUGGCCGACGGCGCGGACAAGGACCGGUACGCGCGGUUCGCCCUCGGGUCGUACGUGGACGAGAGCGGCGGCCGGAUCAAGUGGUGCCCCGGCCCCGGGUGCACCCACGCCGUGGAGUUCGUCGGCUGCGCCGGCGACGACGCGACGGACGUGCUCUGCAGGUGCCGGCACGGCUUCUGCUGGAGCUGCGGCGAGGAGGCGCACAGGCCGGUGUCCUGCGCCACGGUGCGCGCGUGGCUGUCCAAGAACAACUCUGACUCGGCGUCGGCGAUCUGGGUGCUGGUCAACACGAAGCACUGCCCCAAGUGCCGGCGGCCGAUCGAGAAGAACCAAGGCUGCAACAACAUGACCUGCCGCGCCCCCUGCGGCCACCGGUUCUGCUGGAUCUGCCUCGAGCCGCUGGGAGUCGGCCACACCACCUGCCACGCCUACCGGCCGCGGCUGGACAAUGUCGUCGUCGCCGGCGGCAACGGCGUGCCCGCGGAGGAGCAGAGACGGCAGCAGGCCAAGGCGUCUCUGGACAGGUACCUGUACCACUACGAGCGCUGGGCUGCCAACCACAGGUCACUGCAGCAGGUGCUCAAGGACAUGGCCGCGCUGGAUCGAUCGGAGCUGGGGAAGAUGGCCGACACGGUGCGCGCCUCGGCCACGGACCUCAGGUUCCUGACCAGGGCGUACGAGCAGAUCGCCGGCUGCCGGCGGGUGCUGCGGUGGGCGUACGCGUACGGGUACUUCCUGGACCCGGUGCGCGACGCAGCCAAGCGCCGCCUGUUCGACCACCUGCAGAGCGACGCCAACAGAUCGCUGGAGCGCCUCCACGGCUGCGCCGAGCGGGAGAGGAAGCAGCUCUGCGCCGUCGCUAAGUGCGCGUCCUCUGCCGACAUCGCCGGGAGGUACAGGAGCUACAAGAAGAAGCUCGAGAACCUCACCGAGGUGACGCAGCGCUACUUCGAGAACCUCGUGAAGGCGUUCGAGACCGACCUGGCCGAGGUGAAGCCGGCGAAGUAGGACACUGGUGGAUCCCAGUUCCAUGUUCUUUCAUCAGAUCUUGAUUUCAUCAGAUCUAUCGCCUCCAAGACUUGUGUCUGUGUGCUUUGCUUUUGAUACACUUGUGCUUUGUACUUGUUUCGAUCGUAUGCAAGCCAAAAUGUUCUAGUUGAAUACAAGAGGUUGUGCUAACCUUAGAAGGACUUUGUUCAAAGACUGUCGCAUAAUUGUUCCGAAAUUUUGUAGGUAAUUCCUAUUGAUCAUUGCGUGCUA